AUGUUGGCGCAGAUAUACACGGGGGUAGAAAGAAAGGAAUACAAAACCCCCGACUUGAGUGUGGGCGGUUUAUGGAUCCAAUGGGCUUUCGGUUUGGGCUGGCUCUGCUUGUUUUCCAUGCUCGCCUCCGAUGAAGAAUGUGACAUGUAUCGUGACGAGGUCUAUCUGAAGCAGAGACGCUUCUAUCCAGGCCUGUUGUACGGCAGAGUCAAGAAUUCAAUACGUCCAACUGUCACGUCGACGUAUUCAAUGUUCAAUCAAACUCUAGACGCCCAGGUACGCAGAAACGCUCACCCUGUUGACAAUAAUGUUAAGUUGAUACAUCUCACCUAUCAAAGUUCGCUGCUCGACAAGUCUGAAAACAAUCAGACACCCAAGCACGAUUCUACGUACGUCCCUCGCACACAAAGUCCAUGCAUGGACGCGUACAUGCGACGCGCGGAUCGUCGAAUCUGUCCGUCGACCCUGUAG